ACUCCUCAGUAUCACACUCACACUCACUCUUCGCGACGAAACCCUAAUUUCUCUCACUCUCUUUCCUUUUCCGACGACAAUGGCCGCCAGCAUCGACAUGUCCCUCGACGACAUCAUCAAGCAGUCCACCGCCGCAGCUUCUCGCCGCCGAUUCACGGCCAGGACAACGCCGUAUCCCAUUCCGCCGGCACGGCCACACAGGAUGAUUUCGGAAAUGGCUUUCCACGACGACGGCGCGGCGUUGAUCGAAAGCGGCACCAAACUCUAUGUGUCGAACUUGGAUCGAGGAGUUUCCAACGACGAUAUCAAGCUGCUGUUCUCGGAAGAGGGUGAAUUGAAAAGAUACACCAUUCAUUAUGACGAGAGUGGGAGAUCAAAGGGAACAGCAGAAGUUGUGUUCGUGAGGUAUUCUGAUGCUUUAGCAGCCAUCAAGAAAUACAACAAUAUGAGGCUUGAUGGAAAACCAUUGCAAAUUGAGCUUGUUGGAACAAGUUCAGUUACUCCUGCGGUUGCACCAUCAUAUCAAAAUAGCUUCCUCGGAAGACCAAAUGAUGUUCUUGUAAGCAAACAAGGAAGGGUUGGAGGUAGCAUGUUCCACAAUGGUUUUUCACGGGGGGCCCUUCCAAGGGGGCGUGGAGAAGAGAAGGACCAUAUUCGAGAGUUAUCUUUUAGAGGUUUUGAUCAUGCAUUGGAGAAGUCUCAUCGCCUUCCGAGAGGCUACACAAAAGUAAAGAGAAAUAUUGGGAAGGUGUCUGUUAAAGAUCUUGAUGAUGAAUUGGAGAAAUAUCAUUCCGAGGCUAAGCAGAUAAAAAAGAAAAUGGAAAGUGAGUGAGAUCAUGACUGAUGCUAUAAUAACUCAUUUGAGUAAAUAGUUCAGAAAAACGUUGGAUAUAACAUAAUGGCAAUGUCUGGGGUUCGGAUUUCUAAUUUUUGUUGCCAAGUUUUACCUACACUGUAUAUAUAUUAGUCUUCUAUUUUGCUAUUUGUACAUUUUAGUUAUGGGUCAGCUUGGAUUGGUUCUGAAUGAAAAUAGAAUUCAAACAAAUGAAAAUUUA